AUGAUGUUGCCAGAAGCAUGUGUAGCCAACAUCAUUUCCUUUACAUCUCCGGCAGACAUAUUCUCAUCCUCGGCAGUAUCUUUGGUUUUCCGGUUAGCAGGAGACUCUGAUUUCGUAUGGGCAAAAUUGUUGCCCUCAGACUACAAAAGUCUCAUCUCUCGAUCUGCUGAUCAUCAUCGGGGUUUUUCUUCCAAAAAGGAGAUUUAUCGAUGUUUAUGUGACUCUCUUCUCAUCGAUAAUGCUCGAAAGCUCUUCAAGAUCAAUAAAUUGUCUGGAAAAAUUUCUUAUAUUUUAUCAGCGAGAGAUAUUUCCAUACCAUCAAGCGACCAAGCAUCCUACUGGUCCUGGAGCAAGGUUUCAGAUUCUAGAUUUUUGGAAUCUGCUGAACUUAUAACAACCGAUCGUUUAGAAGUCAAUGGUAGAAUUCAAACCGGAGUUUUAUCACCAAACACAAGAUAUGGAGCAUAUCUCAUAGUCAAAGUGUCUAAACACGCUUACGGACUAGACUCAGUUCCGGCAGAGACUUGUAUCAAGUCUAGUAAUGGUCGAGGUGUUAAAAAUAUAGCUUAUCUAUGCUGCUUGGAUGAGAAGAAACAACAAAUGAAGCGGCUGUUUUAUGGAAACCGUGAAGAGCGUAUGGCGAUGACUGUGGAGAUGGUUGGUGGGGACGGUAAAAGGAGGGAGCCCAAAGGUAGAGACGAUGGAUGGAUGGAGAUAGAGCUAGGUGAAUUUGAGACACGAGAAGGAGAGGAUGAUGAGGUCAGUAUGAGUUUGACGGAGGUGAAAGGAUAUCAACUGAAAGGUGGCAUUGUGAUUGAUGGUAUUGAAGUGAGGCCUAAGUCUCAGAAUUAG